GAUAAUAGCUAUGUGUUUCUCUGUCUGUCUCUGUAAUCUAUGAUAAUUAACCUAAAAUUACAAUUUCCUGUUCUCUAUUGAAAGUAAAAUUAGGUAUAUUUCUUAUUGAUUUUGGGUAAUCUUGGGGUUUCUUCAGAACAUUCAGUCCUAAAGAGUGGCAUGGGAGAUAGAGAUUGGCGACCUUUCGUAUAUGGGGGCUUGGCUAGUUGUGUUGCUGAGUUUGGUACUUUUCCUAUUGACACAACAAAAACAAGAUUACAAAUUCAGGGCCAAAAAUUGGACAAAAAUCAUAGAACUUUGAAAUACAAGGGUAUGGUGGAUUGUUUAUUUAAAAUCAUUAAGCAAGAAGGAUUUGCAUCAUUAUAUUCUGGUAUUUGGCCAGCAGUAUUAAGGCAAGCAACUUAUGAGCAUAACAAAGGUAAAGAAAAUGUUAGCCUUAAUAUAGUUUGUGCUGUGAUAGCUGGCGCAGUUUCAAGUGCUAUAGCAAAUCCUACAGAUGUACUUAAAGUACGAAUGCAAGUACGAGGUGCCGCUGGUAAUGUUGGAUUAAUAGAUUGUUUUAAAGAGGUUUACACCCAUGAAGGAAUCUCAGGGUUAUGGAGGGGUGUUAGCCCAACUGCUCAAAGAGCAGCUGUCAUAGCAGCAGUGGAAUUGCCUGUUUAUGACUUUUGUAAAAGCCAUUUGUUAAAUAUUCUUGGAGAUACAGCUGCAAAUCACUUUAUGUCUAGUCUUUUUGCCAGUUUGGGAAGUGCUAUUGCAUCCACACCUUUAGAUGUUGUUAGGACUCGCUUAAUGAACCAAAGAAGGCUUAAAAAAGCAGGCAUAUCAUUGCCAUACCACAUCUACAGAGGAACUGCUGACUGCUUCAUCCACACCUUUAAGAAUGAGGGAUUCUGGGCAUUUUACAAAGGGUUUAUUCCAACAUUGUUUAGAAUGGGACCAUGGAAUAUUAUAUUCUUCCUUACUUACGAGCAGUUGAAAGUCUUAUAUUGAAUCUGCCAGCAAGCUCGAAUUUUAUUCAGACAACUUUGACUCAUGAAAUUAUAUGUUACUUAAUUUCUGCAUUUUUGUGAAUAGGUAUGUUUAUUUAUUUUCCCACUCCUUAUGUACUAAAAUAAA